CAAAAAAAAGAUAUGAAAGGCUUAGUUUUCACGGACUUGUCACGUGACAUCUCAACUAUGAGAAGUGUCAACACGCGCCAAAAAUGAAGCGUGGGGUAGGAGGGAAUCAGGAAUGCCAGUAUGUUAUGUCCGAAGCCGCAACAUUGAAGAAAAGAAAAGACCACAAAUUCGUUACCUUUCCUCCACGCCUGAAAAGAUAGCCGAUAUAGUUGUAAGUGGGGCACGACGGGCAACUUUAAUGCUGCGAAAUCUAGAAAGGGUAUAACUGAAUUUACUAAAACGUCCCUCAAAUCCUAAUAACUCAAUUAACUUUCUUAGCUUGAGAAAUAAAAAAGGCGGGAACAAAUUAGUCUUAAUGGAAAAAGUAAAUAAUGCUCGAAGACUCUAAAUCGAGAAUCUGACUCGUGUCUGUUCACUCUAUGAAACACAGAUGUGACCUUCCUCACCGCCACUACUUUGAAACCUCUGCCUUUGUCUUGUUUGUCUUGUUAUUUGCUGCAGACCUUUUUGCAGAAAAGAAGGAAGCCCAAAACUCUAAAAUCACUGAAUCUUACCCAGCUUGAAAGUAGUCAUUUUUCUACAUUGUACUAACUCUUUCUCUUUCAUAAUAGUUCAUUUUUGGUCGAUAGGGGAGGACAAAAGCCACCUGAACAAACCCUUGAAACCCUCUAGUACAUUACAUUUGAUCAUUAGAUUGAACCAAAAGACGCAAAGAAGGAAAAACCCAUCCUUUAUUGGUUUCAAAUCUUGGCUCCUUUUUUAGCUCCUUCUUUGUUAAACCCUGAACCUUUACUAAAGAAAUAACGCAUCUUUGAGUAGCAAAGCAAAGCAAAGCUAAGCUAAGCUCUUUUGUUUGUAUUCUUCAGCCACUCUGUUUUUAUCCUGUUUUUAACUGAAGAGGAACAAGCAAAAAAGCCCUCGACCUGCUCAAACCCCAGAACCUAACAAUGCCAAACCGAAAACCCACUUUUUUCUCCUUCUGCAAAGCCAUUUGCUUCAUGGUUUUCUCCAAUGUGGCUUUGGUAACUUCCAAAUCAACAAUCGAGCCCUGUUCAAACUCUGAUUCCUGCAACGCCUUGCUGGGAUACACUCUCUACACCGACCUGAAAGUCGCUGAGGUUGCUUCCCUCUUCCAGGUUGACCCCAUUUCGAUCCUCACUGCCAACGCCAUCGAUAUCUCUUACCCCGAUGUCGAAAACCACAUCCUUCCUUCCCAACUCUUCCUCAAGAUCCCCAUCAUCUGUUCAUGUGUUGAUGGGAUUCGAAAAUCCGUUUCAACUCACUAUAAAACCCGCCCUCAGGACACUCUCUCCUCCAUUUCGGAUUCGGUUUAUGCUGGUUUGGUGUCACCUGAUCAGAUUAGGGAGGCUAACUCAAUUGCUGAUCCUUCUGUUCUUGAUGUGGGGGAGAACCUUGUCGUUCCUUUGCCGUGUACUUGUUUUAAUGGGACCGAUAAUGAACUGCCGGCCAUUUAUCUAUCGUAUGUGGUGAAGCCAGUGGAUACUUUAGCCGGAAUUGCAGCGAGUUAUUCGACUACGAUCACAGAUUUGAUGAAUGUUAAUGCUAUGGGGAGUACUUCUAUUAAGGCUGGUGAUAUUCUAGCUGUUCCUUUAUCAGCUUGUGCUUCGAAUUUUCCUAACUAUGCCUCAGAUCAUGGAUUGAUCGUGCCUAAUGGGAGCUAUGCUAUUACUGCUAGCCACUGUGUUCAGUGCAGCUGUGGGCAGGGGAGUAGCAAUUUGUACUGCAUGCCUGCUUCUUUAGCUGUUUCUUGUUCAAGCAUGCAAUGUAAAAGCAGCAAUCUGAUGCUAGGGAACGUUACAGUGCAGCAAAGUAGUGCUGGAUGCAAAGUUACUUCUUGUGCUUAUGGUGGUUAUGCAAAUGGCACUAUUAUCACUUGGUUGUCAUCAUCUCUUCGACCUCGAUGUCCAGGACCACAGCAAUUUCCUCCCCUUGUAGCCCCACCUACUGAUGUAACUAAGGAUUCAGUUUUUGCCCCAGCACCUGCGCCUCAGUCAGAUGGUGCCACAACAAAAGUGCCCAAGACUUCUACGGUGCCCAAGAUUUCUACAGCGCCAUCUACUGGGUCAAUUUCUGUGCUUCCCCCAGCAGCUGCACCUAUUGGAAGUUUCUCUGAUGCUUCCAUAUUGAUGAAUUCAGUGGCUGCUCUUCCGACUGCUCUUAUGAUAUACUUUCUUAUCAAAUUAAUCUCGCCCUUCUGAUUGUAAUUUGCUUGUGAGUUUUGGUGGGGUUUUGUUUUCUAAGGUUGCUUUGUUUUUUACCUGUCCCACUUGUCUGUUGUAUGUAACUUUAUUCAUGACUGCAUUACGUAAUUGCCGCGAGUUUUCAAGUUGCAUUAGUAAUUUAAUUUACUUGAUUACUUAUCAUUCAGUGCAAUUCAUCGGCAGUUGCCUUUCUAAUUUCUAUUCAUUAAAUUUUGAGCUAUAUGAAAUUUCUUGGAUUACUUCAUUGUCUUUACAGGACUACUAAGACCUCAUUAACCUGGUUUAGGGGUCGACAUUUCUUGGCUGUGUUAUAUCUACUUGUGGGCGGGGAAUAACAUUUCAAUAACUAGUUUGAACAUCUCAAGUCUGAUCCAGUGUUGUCGUCUUUGUAAUUAUAGCAUAACGUUAUGAUCAUGAGUGUCUACCAACCAAACAUCUUGAUCCCCAAACCACCUUUUAUCUUUCAUUGUAAAAGUGAAUAUGAAUUAUAGUUGUUAAUUUCAUUUCAAUAUCAAUCAUAUUAGACAGUUCAAAUUAUAUUAAAA